GUUGUUCCUAUUUUCUCUAGUGCAUGUGCUGAGAAAUGGCCAAUGAGAAUCACGGCAGCCCCAGGGAGGAAGCCUCUCUGAUGAGUCACUCGCCUGGUACCUCUAACCAGACCCAGCCCAGCUCCCCGAAACCAAUCCGACUGGUGCAGGACCUGCCAGAUGAGCUGGUGCAGGCAGGCUGGGAGAAGUGCUGGAGUAAGCGGGAGAAUCGUCCUUACUACUUCAACCGUUUCACCAACCAGUCGCUGUGGGAGAUGCCUGUCCUGGGACAACAUGAUGUCAUUUCUGACCCUCUGGGAUUGAACGCCGCUCCAGUGCCUGCGGAAGGAGGUGUGUUGGAAAGCACUCCGGAGGGCAAGCCAAGGAAGAGGAGACUCUCUGAGGAGGUUCAGCCCAGUGGUAACAGCGUCAAGAAAGUGAAGUCACAGGUGGAUGUUCCAGUGAAUCCAGCUGCCCAGACAGUCCCCGGCUCCCCCAGUAUUCCAGGGACCCCUAUUUUGAAGAUAUGUGGCAUUACAUCUGAAGAUAAACAGGCAGCUCUUUUCCGACCAACUGAAGUGUACUGGGACCUGGACAUCCAAACCAAUGCGGUGAUAAAGCAGAGGGCUCCGUCCAAAGUGCUGCCUCUGCACCCCGAGGUGGAGCUGCUUCGAUCUCAGCUUAUACUGAAGCUGCGGCAGCAUUACCGGGAGCUCUGCCAGCAACGAGAGGGGAUUGACCCUCCACGGGAAUCCUUUAACCGCUGGAUGUUGGAGCGGAAGGUAGUGGAUAAAGGAACAGACCCUCUGCUACCAAGCAACUGCGAGCCAGUAGUGUCUCCUUCCAUGUUCAGAGAAAUCAUGAAUGACAUUCCCAUCAGAUUAUCCCGAAUCAAGUUCCGUGAGGAAGCCAAGCGACUGCUAUUCAAAUACGCCGAGGCUGCGAAACGGCUCAUUGAAUCCAGGAGUGCGUCGCCAGACAGUAGGAAAGUGGUGAAAUGGAAUGUGGAGGACACCUUCAGCUGGCUGCGACGGGACCAUUCAGCCUCCAAGGAGGACUACAUGGACCGCCUAGAGCACUUACGGAAGCAGUGUGGGCCCCACGUGUCUGCUGCAGCCAAGGACUCGGUCGAAGGCAUCUGCAGUAAGAUAUACCACAUAUCGCUCGAGUACGUCAAGCGGAUCCGGGAAAAGCAUCUUGCCGUCCUCAAGGAGCACAAUAUAUCCGCUGAGGUGGAAGCAGCAGAGGUCCAGGAUCGGCUCGUCUACUGUUACCCAGUGAGACUGGCCAUCCCUUCCCCUCCAGUCCCCAGCGUAGACAUGCACGUGGAGAACAACGUGGCGUGUGUGCGGUACAAGGGGGAGAUGGUGAAAGUGAGCCGCAACUACUUCAGCAAGCUGUGGCUUCUCUAUCGGUACAGCUGCAUUGACGACUCUGGCUGUGAGAAGUUUCUGCCCAGGGUUUGGUGCCUUCUCCGUCGCUAUCAGAUGAUGUUUGGUGUUGGGCUCUAUGAAGGAACUGGCCUGCAGGGGGCGCUCCCGGUGCACGUCUUUGAAGCCCUCCACAAACUCUUUGGAGUGAGUUUUGAGUGCUUUGCCUCGCCCCUGAACUGCUAUUUCAAACAGUACUGCUCCGCCUUCCUGGACACAGACGGCUAUUUCGGAUCCCGCGGCCCGUUCCUGGAUUUUUUCCCUGUAAGUGGCUCUUUUGAAGCAAACCCUCCUUUCUGUGAGGAACUGAUGGAUGCCAUGGUGUCUCACUUUGAGAAACUGCUGGAGAGCUCCAAUGAGCCUCUCUCCUUCAUCGUCUUCAUCCCUGAGUGGAGGGACCCUCCGACGCCAGCCUUGACCCGCAUGGAGCAGAGCAAGUUCAAGCGGCACCAGCUCAUCUUGCCAGCCUUCGACCACGAAUACCGCAGCGGGUCUCAGCACGUCUGCAAAAAAGAGGAGAUGUACUACAAAGCCGUGCACAACACUGCUGUCAUCUUCCUCCAGAACAGCGCCGGCUUUGCCAAGUGGGAGCCCACGCCGGAGCGGCUGCAGGAGCUCGUCACAGCCUAUAAGCACUCGGGACGGACUCUCAGUUCCACAGGCUCCUCCUCUGCCUCCUCCACUUCUUCCUCAGUGGCAGACAAAGAUCGGGAGACGGGCCGAGAGCAAAGCACCAGCCGGGAGACCAACGCCAAUUAAUCUGCAGAGGGCAGCGUGUGGGGACAGCCAGCAGGGGGCGGAGGGCACAGCGCCCUGGAGAAGGGGAGGUUUGCAGUGGCAGGUGGAGAGACUGCUGGCUGAAUUGUGCUGGGCCUGGGGGACUCUCCAGGCAGCCCACACUGCUUGCUUUCCUCCCCAGAGUCCAGGGAGCGUCCCUGGCCUCAUGCCCUGGGGAAAGGCUCAGCUGCUGCCCUAGGCGAGGGGCUAGGAAGCCAGAUGUCGCAGUCAUAGGAAGAGCCUGCAGCCCCUUCAAACACUAAAGCGUUGAGGAAGAGGCAGCAGAAGCUGGGACCGCUGUACAGGAGGACAAACGGAUGGACUGACGGGCAGAGCUGUGGCCUGGUGGGCCCUUGGCAGCUGGCUGGGGCCUGGCAUUUCCAGGAGAGAGGCAGGCAGAGCCCAGAGGCUCUUCCUGCUGCCUGGCCCCAGCCCAGCCCCCGUCCAGAGUGUAAAUAGUUCUGUGCGCAGCGCCCGUGCUCCCUGCAGGGCCUGUCCGUAGCAGCCGUGUUUCCCUCCCGCGCGGGCGAGUUCCGUGCUGCCGAAGCUGGUUCCCGUAGGACAGAGGAGCAGAGCGAAGGGAUUUCCGUGUGACGACGUCUUUGCAGCUGUUUGUAGUUGUUGUGGUUUUCCCUGGGGCCCUCUGGGCUUUAUUUAACCUCCUCGGGGUUUGUUUUUUAAGGAUUAAUUUAACCCGCUAACCAUUUUAUUACGUUUAUCAAAGAAAGCAAAGUAAAGUCUAUUUUUGAUUUUUGUUUCCUAGUUCUUAGGGACAUUAAAAACCAGCAUUCCAGCUGCCCUUGGUGUUGGUGCUGUUCCUCCUCCAGGGGCCUGGGACUGUCCGGGGAGGCCAGGUUCACCAUGUGUGCCCUCAGAUUCACCACUGCCUCCCGUGCCUCUGUACUGGGUGAAUUCUAGGACGUGAUCGUUUCUUACGGAGCCCACGCUUUGAAUCUGCUUGUCUGAGGGCUUGUGGGUUGAGUGGGCAGGGGUGUGCGCGGCAGCGUUAGAACCGUGCCAGGGAGACACUCGCCAUAGGCAAGGGAAGGGAGCCUUUUCCUGAGAUUUGGAAUGGCGGGGCGGGGGCGGGAGAGGUGGCCGGCACUGAUCCCUAGGGCACAGUUCCUUAGCACUGCCACAGUAGCAGGACUGUUGAGGCCGUGAGCGGGGCUCAGCGCUGUUAGUGGGGACAGGAGCAGGGUGUGUUCGACCAGGGGAUUAUCAAGUAGUGGCGCUGGGCGUUGAGUGACACGGGCUCACUUGGUCUUCAACGGGAAAAGGACAGAAGGCCUGGGUGGCAUGUGCCCUGGGACUCGGGGGCCUGGAUGCAGCUGAGGGGAGACGGUUGUGAAUGGAGAGAGCGACAGGCCAGCUGCUCCCAGGACUGCAGCCAGCGAUGACGAGGUUGGAGCUCGCCUUGGAGAGGCACUUUGGCCCAGAGGCCGCGCUUUGGGGCGUGGGCCCUUGGACAGAAGUGAGGGGCACGGGCGCGGGUCAGAGGCCCAGGGAGCAGGCAGGGAGGGUUUAUAUUCAGUUUUGUUGUUUUAAGGCCAGGAGGGGCCAUUGUGUUUAUCUAAUCUGAUUUUCUGUAUAACCUGCCUUUCCUGCAUUAAACCCUUACCUGCU